AUGAGUCCCGGGAGAACUUCUUCAUCUUCUCUGCUGUUGCUGCUGCUACUGAGCCUGGAGGCUGCAGUGAGGGCCGCGGUACUCGUCCCCCAAAGUUCAGCAUGCCCAAACACCGAGGCCAAGAACUUCCUCCAGGAUGUGAAGGUCAACCUGAACGUCAUUAACUCCCUCAGCCCGAAAGUGAGCUCCCGAAGGCCCUCAGACUACCUCAACCGUUCCACCUCGCCCUGGACUCUCCGCCGCAAUGAGGACCCUGACAGAUAUCCCUCUGUGAUCUGGGAGGCACAGUGCCGCCACCAGCGCUGUGUCAACGCUGAGGGGAAGCUGGACCACCACAUGAAUUCUGUUCUCAUCCAGCAAGAGAUCCUGGUCCUGAAGAGGGAACCUGAGAGCUGCCCCUUCACUUUCAGACUGGAGAAGAUGCUGGUGGGUGUGGGCUGCACCUGCGUUUCCUCUAUUGUCCGCCAUGUGGCCUAG